UUUCCCUCUCCCAGCGUGCGAAGUCAGUGCUGGGUCGGUUGGAAAAUGGGGACACGGAUAGGACUUCUUCUUAUCUACUCGAUACUAGUGUCGCAUCUUGUUAAUGUGGCUCAGAGCUCAAAGGUAUGGGGCGAGGUGCCUUUCCCCGAAGACCUGGAGGCCGAGCGAGGUCAACGGCCACGCCACUAUCUGGACGAUGACGAGGACUUUGCUGCAGACGAACCUUCAGGAGAUGGGAUCAGUGGGGAAGAGGAUGGAAGCACACCUGAGCCUCCUGUCAUCGAUCCAACGCCAACAACAAUCUAUUACAGAGCACUGGUAAAUUUCACAAACUCCUUUGCAUAUACAUCCGAGUUGGACGACAUCUACUCCCCAGCUUUUCAAGAAAUUUCAUCUGCCGUUGUGGACACGCUUGAGUCCGAGUACAACAAGAUUCCUGGGACCCAGUCAGUCAACGUGGUUCUCAUCAAGAAGAUUGGCAAAGAUGUGUUUGUGGAGUUGGAUGUAGGCUCAGAUGACAACCCAAAUGAGGCGCAGAUCAGGGAAGUGCUGUACUCUGUGGUCAGGGAAGGCACCAUCGCCUCCUAUGAGACCUCCAUAAAGGGAUUUCAGUUCAGACGGCUUGGAGAAGUAAAACCCAGCCCGCGGCCAUGCAUGUCUGAUGAAUUUGUUUGUAAGGAUGGUACCUGCAUUCCACUCGAGUACCUGUGUGAUAAGAGGCCUGACUGCCCGGACAUGAGCGAUGAAAUUAACUGUGUUAUCCCAACUCCCCCACCCCCCAUCCCACCGAAAACCACUCCAGUCCGUGUCCUGCCUCGCCCUGGUCCUUGCCGAGCGGACCAGGCCACCUGUCAGAAUGGAGAGUGUAUCUCGCGUGACUAUCUGUGUGAUGGAGAGAAGGACUGCUCAGACGGCAGUGAUGAACUCAAGUGUGGAACACCAUCCCCAUGUGAGCCCAAUGAGUUUAAGUGUCAGAACGGACGUUGUGCACUGAAGCUGUGGCGCUGUGACGGAGACAAUGACUGCCAAGACAACUCUGACGAAAUGGACUGUCCCACUAAAGGGCCAGGAGACACAUGUGCUCCAGAGCAGUUCAUGUGUCUGAGUGACCGAGCCUGUAUCCCGGCCAGCUAUCAGUGUGAUGAGGAACCUGACUGUGCUGACCGCUCUGAUGAGGUUGGCUGUGCACCGCCCACCGUCACCAACCCUCCGGAGGAGACCAUUACGGCAGUGCGGGGGGAGACAGUGACCUUCACUUGUGCCGCCGUUGGGGUACCCACUCCAAUCAUAACGUGGAGGCUGAACUGGGGACACAUUCCAGUUAGCAGCAGAGUCUCGAUGACCAGUGAAAAUGGGCGUGGCACCCUUACCAUCCGUGAUGUUAAGGAGGGGGACCAGGGAGCCUACACUUGUGAGGCCAUCAACUCGAAGGGCCUGGUGUUUGCCAUUCCAGAUGGAGUACUUAGUCUUAAACAGAGAAAUGGAGUGCCAGGAAACUGCCCCGACGGACACUUCAGUGUGGGCGGACGCUGCAUGCCAUGCUUCUGCUUUGGCAUCACCAGGAACUGCCAGAGCACCAGCCGCUACCGCAACCAGAUUACCCUGAAAUUUACGGAUGAAGAUGACUUUAAAGGAGUGAAUGUGUCUUUUCCCUCUAGACCGGGUUCACCUCCUCCUCUCUCCUCCACUCAGAUGAUCAUUAAUCCUGAUGAGAAGGAGUUCCAGCUUGUGGACUUGUCCCGUCGUUUCCUAGACCUGGACUCUUACUGGACUCUCCCUCGCCAGUUUCUGGGCAGCAAGGUUGACUCCUAUGGGGGAUUUCUGAGGUUUAAGGUACGUUACACUCUGGCACGGGGUGAAACUGAGCCUGAGGAGAAGCCUGACGUGGUUCUGGUCGGUAAUGGCCAGAGACUUGUUUACCGCAGGGGCAAUCCCACCACACCCAGGCUGGUCAACCAGAGAGAGGUCCAGUUCACAGAGGAAAACUGGCAACAUUCGUCUGGGCGAGCAGUCAGCCGCGAAGACUUGAUGAUGACCCUGGCCAACCUAGAGAGCAUCAGCAUACGCACUAUCUAUGACAAUCGCAUGGUUAGCGUUGCCCUUAGUGACAUCGUCAUGGAUACCACCACUGUGGAGUACAGCCUCCAGGGUCAGGCUAAGGACGUAGAGGAGUGCAGAUGCCCUGCGGGUUACACUGGCUUGUCCUGUGAAAUGUGCUUAUCUGGUUUUGAGAGGGUACCAGGUGGUGCUUACCUGGGCACCUGUGCUGGGUGCCACUGCAACGGGCAUGCCAGUGCCUGCGACCCCAUCAGCGGGCACUGCUUGAGCUGUCAACAUAACACAGAGGGUCCUCAGUGUAACAAGUGUCGCCCCGGCUACUUCGGUGACCCCAGCAGAGGGACCCCCAAUGACUGCAUGCCCUGCCCUUGUCCAUACACUGAGACAUCUCGCAGGUUUUCCGACACUUGCUUCCUUGACCACGACAACCAAGCCACGUGUGAUGCCUGCAGGCCAGGUUACACCGGACGUCGCUGUGAAACGUGUGCUCCUGGUUAUGUGGGUAACCCAAUGCAGCCCAACGGCAAAUGUGUUCCAGCCCGUGACUCCAAGUGUGACAACAGAGGAACCAUCAGUUCCAGCAGUAGACCAUGUUCCUGCAAGUCCAACGUGGUUGGUGCUCUGUGCGACGAGUGUAAGAUCGGAACUUUCCACCUGAGCACAGAGAAUCCUGAGGGAUGCCUGCAGUGUUUCUGCAUGGGUGUCACCAAACAGUGUGCCAGCUCCACCUGGAACAGGGACCAGAUACGCGGUGGUGUCAAUGGGCAGCUAUUCACCCUUGCCAACGGGGCCAACACCCAGACUAUAUCAGAUGGCAUCACCCAGAGAGGCAGUGCUGAGGUCGUGUUCAGUUCCUUCGCUAACUAUCCCAGUGAUGUGUACUAUUGGGUCCUUCCAGAGAACUUCAGAGGAGACAAGGUGACAGCAUAUGGUGGAGAGCUGCGUUACAAGGUGCGUUAUGAGCCACGCUCACGGUCGGUGGUGAUUGAUGGGCGGGCAGAUGUGGUCCUCCAAGGCAAUGGCAUUUUCCUGGAACACUACUCCCAGACCAGGCCCCUUCCCAGAGUGCUUGCCACCAUCACAGUACCCUUUAGGGAGUCUGCCUGGAGACGUGCUGAUGGCCAGCCCUGUACUCGAGAACACCUUCUGAUGGCUCUGGCUGACACUACUGUCUUCAUGAUCAGAGCUACUUACGCGGACAACAUGGCUGAGAGCAGUAUCUCGGACAUACAGAUGGACAUUGCAGUACCCCAUUCAACAGGAAACGAAAGGGCCUUGGAGGUGGAGGAAUGUGCCUGUCCUCAGGGUUAUAGAGGACCGUCUUGUCAGGAGUGUGACGUCGGAUACACUCGCACAAGUUCUGGUCUUUAUCUCGGGGCCUGUGAGAAAUGUGAUUGUAAUGGGCAUGCCAGUAGUUGUGAUUCAGAGACGGGGGCAUGCUUGCAAUGCCUACACAACACAGUCGGUCUACGAUGUGAGAACUGCCGCCCUGGUUUCUACGGCAACCCUGUAACAGGUGGUCCACAGGCCUGUAAACCCUGUCCUUGCCUUGGUUCUUCCCCCAACAGCCAGGUCAUCAAAUCUUGCUUUAUGGACUCUGAUGGACAGCCCACCUGCGAUAAUUGUCCUCCUGGCUAUACAGGAAGGCGUUGUGAGAGGUGUGCCCCUGGAUAUACAGGCAAUCCCGUACUUGGACAGAGUUGCACUCGAAGUAAUGAACUUAAUGGUAACUGCUACAACUGUGACCAGAGAGGCAGCGAGGGAUGUGACAGAAAUGGCAUCUGUCGCUGCAAGAUGAACGUGGAAGGCCCAUCAUGCACCAGGUGCAAACAAGGCACGUUCCACCUGAGCAGUGACAAUAAAGAUGGGUGCCUGUCUUGUUUCUGUAUGGGUGUCACUCAGCAGUGCUCCAGCUCUACCUACUACAGAGACCGGGUGACAUCCGUCUUUGCUCCGGGGAAUUUCCAAGGGUUUGCAUUGGUGAAUCGGCAGCGCACCAACCGCAUCACCUCUGGAUUUUCAGUAGAAGUCUCCACUGAUGGAACUCAGCUGUCCUACAGCAACUUUGAUUACCUUGGCCAAGAGCCUCAUUACUGGCAGCUCCCAGGAAUCUACCAGGCAGACAAGUAUGCUCUGGUCUACAAAGGUUUCACUCUGCAUCCAGAUGACCUACUGUUCUGGCAGCUUCCGGAGCAGUUCAAAGGGGAUAAGGUUGGAUCCUAUGGAGGACGGCUGAAGUACAAGAUUUCAUAUGUGGCUGGACAGAGAGGAACCAACAUAGAAGAUACUGAUGUUCAAAUCAUUGGCAAUGACAUCACGCUGGUUUCUCGUCAGUCAUGGCCACGUGGACAGGGCCAGCGAGAGUCACGUGCUUUUGAGAUUGUCUUCAGAGAGGAAAACUGGCGUCGUCCAGACGGCAUGCCAGCCACCAGAGAACACCUGAUGAUGGUUCUCGCUGACCUUGAUGACAUCCUGAUCCGUGCGUCUUACCACACAGAGAUGCGUUCAUCUAGCAUCUCUGACAUCAGCAUGGAAGUGGCAGUGCCCAACUACACUGGGCUGUCUCAGGCUGAUGAGGUGGAGCAGUGCCGCUGUCCUCCAGGAUACCAAGGCCUCUCAUGUCAGGACUGCGCCCCAGGAUUUACUCGGACUGGAAGUGGACUGUACCUUGGUCACUGUGAACUCUGUGAAUGCAACGGUCACUCAGACUCUUGUCAUCCAGAAACUGGGAUCUGCACGAGCUGUUUGCAUAACACAAUGGGAGAGCUGUGUGAGCAGUGUGCCCCAGGUUUCUUUGGUGACCCCACAGCUGGAACCCCAGAAGACUGCCAGCCCUGUGCCUGCCCUCACACUGACCCUGAAAACCAGUUCUCUCCCACAUGUGAGAGUCUGGGUAAUGGCGGUUACCAGUGCACUGCCUGUCAGCCUGGCUACACAGGUCAAUACUGUGAGCGUUGUGCUCCCGGAUAUGUGGGAAAUCCACAAGAGAGGAUUAAGUGUCGCCCAUCUACUGAUGCAGCCUCUUUGGUGGUAAAGGUGUACCCAGAGAGGGUGCUGGUAGCCCAGGGCAGCCCCGUGACCCUCAGGUGUCAGGUCUCAGGAGCUCCACCUCACUAUUACCACUGGUCCCGUGAGGAUGGACGCCCCAUUUCCAGCAGUGCAGAGAGGCGCAGACAAGGGGAAGAGCUUCAUUUUAACAGCGUGCAGCCCAGUGAUGGUGGGGUCUACGUCUGCACAUGCAGGGAUCAGCGUAACAUCAACCGAAGCCGCGCCGAAGUUACCGUCACACCUGUGGCAUCCAAACCCAUUGAGGUCUUCAUUGAAGAGCCCAAAACACAAAGCAAAGCAGUGGGCUCAACUGUCAGCUUCAUCUGCACCGCAAAGAGCAAGUCACCGGCGUACACCCUGGUCUGGACCCGCCAAGGCAACGGCAAACUCCCCAACCGUGCCAUGGACUUCAACGGCAUUCUUACCAUUCAAAACGUGCAGCCUGAAGAUGCGGGCAUCUACGUGUGCACAGGCUCCAACAUGUUUGGCAUGGAUGAGGGCACUGCCAUCCUCUAUGUCCCAGAGGCAUCACAGACACAGAUGUUUUACACAGCGUAUGAAAUGUUUGAAGGACAUAGAAAGCCUGCCGAGGGCUCCCAGCCAGUGGCCAUGGUCCACCCACCUGUCCUAACGAUCCAGGAGGGUCAGCGGGCCGAGUUUCGCUGCACAGUGACCGGGAACCCCACUCCUGCCAUCGAGUGGAUAGGUGGCCCGGGUAACCACUUUAACGACGAUGUCAUUAUCCGUGGAGGCGUUCUCACCAUCCCAUCUGUGGAGCAAUCAGAUGAGGCCGAGUACAUCUGCAAAGCCCUGAACACACAUGGCGAACACACGGCGCGUGGAGUCCUCUACGUUCACAGAGCUAAUCGACCCCAUGUCCAAGUAAGCCCUCAGAGAGUGGAGAUACAGGAAGGAGAGACCUUGCGGCUGUACUGCCGGGCAGGUGGAACCCCGAGUCCUAACCUUGUGUGGAAGAAGAGAGGUGGUAACCUCCCCCCGCAGGCCAUUCCUUCUCACGGUUUCCAUCAGUUUAAAAGCAACAGUCUCGAUGUGUUACAGAGACGCAUUGAGGAACUGCAGGCCCGUAUGGAGCGGACUGAUAUUGGUACUCUGCUCAUCCCCAACAUCAAACUCUCUGAUGCUGGUACAUACCUGUGUGUUGGAACCAACAAAAUUGGCUUUUCAGAGGCACACAUUGAUGUCACUGUCGUCAGAGCUGACACAGUCUCCUCAGCCAUUACCAUCCAGCCAUCCAUUGCCACUGUGCAAGAAGGAGAGACUCUGGAGCUCAACUGUGUUGUCCCUGGGAGCCAACCAGCUGCGGUCACAUGGCGUAGGGCAGGAGGUCUGCUCUCCUCCAACCAUCAGGUUUUGGGAAACCAGCUGCGAAUCCUGCAGGCUUCUCAGGAUGACUCUGGCGAAUACAUAUGUAGGGUGAAUGGUGGCCCCACAGUCCGCCAGGCAUCUGUCUCUGUUUCAGUUACUUCAAGUUCCUCACGUCUUCAGAGUCCCAUUAUCUCCAUUGAGCCUCACAGUGCAGUGGUCAAACAAGGUGAAUCAGCAACAUUCAGGUGCAGGGUCUACAGUGGGGCCCAGCCUGUGCGACUGGAGUGGAAAUUGGCCAGUAACCAACCUCUGCCAGAUAACGUGGAAGUCGGUCCGGACGGCUCUGUCAUCACUGUUGUCAAUGCUACGCCGCUCAACCAGGGCACAUACCGCUGUGUGGCCAGCAACCUGUUUGGAAUCACCCAUAGCAUUGUAUCCCUUAUCGUCAGAGAAACUCCAAAAGCAAGAGUGACCCCAGUAGGGCCAGUACGAGUAAGGGUUGGUGACCCCAUUAAUUUGGAAUGUCAGGCUUCCGGAGAGCCACGCCCCUCGGUCACAUGGCAUAGACUCAGCAACGCACGCAAAACGAUACUAAGUAGCCCCGUACCAAUGGAAUCCAAUGCUGUCAUGCAGAUUCUGGUAGCACGGCCUGAAGACAGUGGCACCUAUGUAUGCACUGCACAGAACAACCAGGGCACGACAGAGACUCGGGUCGAGGUGAUCGUGGAGGGAGGGUCUCAGGUACCCACUGUUCCCCGAGCAACGGUCCGUGAGCCCCUCAUGGUCGUGGUGGAAGGACAAACCACCACAUUAUAUUGUGAUGCUGUUGGUUUCCCAACUCCAACUAUCACAUGGUCGAAGUUACGUGCACCAUUGCCUUGGAGACACAAAGUGGUUAACAACACCCUAGUCUUGCCCAAUGUUGGACGCCAGGACUCAGGGCAGUACAUCUGUAAUGCCACCAGUCACAUGGGUACCAGUGAGGUCACAAUCAUGCUGGACGUAGAGACUCCUCCAUAUGCCACCUCCUUGCCUGAUGAUGUGGCCGUGCGAGUGGGCGAGGUGAUCCGACUGCAGUGCCUGGCCCACGGAACACCACCUUUGCGCUUCCAGUGGUCAAAAGUUAAUGGAACUCUGCCGGCCAAAGCCGAAGUGCAGGGAGGAGACCUCCAGAUCAACCUGGCAGCCGCCAGUGAUGCCGGCACAUACAAGUGUGUCGCCACCAACAAAGUGGGCAGGAGUGAGGCACUGGCCAAAGUCUCUGUGCGCUCACCUCUAUCGGUGCAGAUUUCUCCUCAGGUGGAGGUGAAGGCCCCAGGCAGUGCUGUGGAGUUUACCUGUGCCGCUAAAGGAGGCUCAGACAUCACCAUUGAGUGGCUGAAGGAAGGUGGCACUCUGCCCCCCAACCACCACAUCAGAGACGGGGUGUUGAGGAUUGAGAGUCUGGAGAAGAGCAAUGAGGGCAUUUACAUCUGCAGAGCCACCAGUAUGUUUGGACAAGCCCAAGACACCGCCAGACUCACCAUACAAGCCCUGCCCAAAGUGAUGAUUAAUGUACGCACUUCGGUGCAGACGGUUAUGGUCGGUAACUCUGUGGAGUUUGAGUGUCAGGCCACCGGUGAUCCACAGCCCACUGUGCGCUGGAGUAAAGUGGGCGGGCCCCUGCCGGACCACAUUGUGGUGAAGGGCGGCAUGCUGAAGAUAGAACAGGUGACGGAGGCCGACGCGGGGCAGUACCGCUGCACCGCCACCAAUGACGUGGGCUCCGUGCAGUCACAGGUGGUCCUUAACGUCCAGUCCUUACCACAGAUCGCUGCCCAGCCAGAGACCAAAGAGGUGACUGUGGGUUCUACAGCCGAAUUCCCAUGCAUUGCCUCCGGAUACCCCGUGCCAGUUAUCACCUGGUCUAAGUUGGACGGAGAGCUGGCUGCUAAGGCUGUGCAGGAAGCUAACGUGCUGACCGUACCAGAUGUCACACACGAAGAUUCUGGAACAUAUGUGUGCACAGCUUCUAACAAGCAGGGAAAGGUUCAAGCUUUCACCACUCUCAAAGUUCACGAGAGAGUGAUGCCCUAUUUUACCCAGGAGCCUCUGUCUUACCUCACUCUUCCCACUAUUAAGAAUGCCUACAAAGCAUUCAGCAUCAAAAUCACCUUCAGACCUGACAACAUCGAAGGUCUCAUUUUGUAUGCGGGUAUGAUCAUCUAUAAUGGACAGAGGAAGACCACGGGGGCUGAUUUCAUCUCUCUUGGGCUCGUGGGCGGUCGUCCAGAAUUUAGGUUUGAUGUGGGGUCUGGCAUGGCUACCAUUCGUUACCCUACUCCCAUUAAGCUGGGCGAGUUCCACACAGUGGAGCUGUACCGCAACCAAACACAGGGUUCCCUCAUUGUCGAUGGAGAAGCUCCAAUCAACGGCACCUCACAGGGGAAAUUCCAAGGCCUUGAUCUAAAUGAGGAGCUGUUUGUAGGCGGAUAUCCAAACUACAGUAUGCUUGCCAAAACUGCAGGAUUAAAAACUGGCUUUGUUGGGUGCAUUCGUCAGCUGAUCAUCCAAGGUGAUGAAAUCAUCUUCAAAGACCUCGACCGAAGCUCCACUGGAGUCUCAAACUGUCCCACCUGUAAGGACCGCCCAUGUCAGAACGGCGGUAUAUGCCAGGACUCUGAGGCCAGUCUGUACAAGUGCAGUUGUCCAAGAGGAUUCACCGGAAGCAACUGCCAACAUCACUCUUCCCUGCACUGCCACCCAGAGGCCUGUGGACCAGACGCCACCUGUAUUAACAAACCUGAGGGCCUGGGUUACGACUGCCGUUGUCACCUGGGCAAGUCUGGAGACAAGUGCAUGGAAGGCACCCUGGUGACGACCCCUCUGUUUGAUAGGGAAGAUUCAUACAUCGCAUAUCCUCCCCUCACUAACAUUCACAAUGACCUGCGUAUCGAUAUGGAGUUCAAACCCAUGGACUCCAAUGGCCUGAUGUUUUUCAGCGGAGGAAAGAAAAUGAAGGUGGAAGACUUUGUGGCUCUGUCCAUGGUCAAUGGACAUGUGGAGUUCCGCUAUGAGCUAGGAACAGGUCAGGCCAUACUCCGCAGUCAUGAGCCAGUCACUGAGGGUCAGUGGCACCGUGUGACAGCAGAGAGACUGAAUAAGGACGGCUCUCUCAAAGUGGACGAACAACGCGAGGUCAGAAGGUCGUCUCCAGGAAAGGCCCAGGGCCUGAAUAUCCACACUCCCAUGUACCUAGGAGGAGUGCCUAGCAUGGAUAUACUGCCCAAACCCGCCAAUGUCAGCAUGCUCUUUGACGGCUGCAUAGGAGAGGUAUCCAUUAAUGGAAAGAAGAUAGACCUGUCAUAUAGCUUCACUGAGAACAGAGGUAUCAGUCAGUGCAGGGUUGACAGUCCAUGUGACCGUCGUCCAUGCCUGCACGGGGGCAGCUGCAUGCCCAGCGCAGAGUAUGAGUACCAGUGCCUCUGCCGAGACGGCUACGAGGGAGAGCGGUGUGAGGUGGUGAAGGACACAUGCCAGCAUAGCUCCCAGUGCCUGCAUGGUGGCAGCUGCGUUAAUAACCACUGCAUCUGUACUGCUGGAUACACUGGUCUCUUCUGUGAGGAAGGGCAUGCGGACAACUUCUCGGAGGCGCUGUGGAGUCUGGAGGGUAGUGGGGGGAAUGAUUCACCCAUACAGUACGCAGCUUUCUUCCAUGACAACGGAUACCUCGCCCUCCCCAAACCAAUAUUCCCACGAAGUGCUCCUGACUCUCCUGAGACCAUUGGGUUUGAGAUUAACACACAGUCGUCAGAUGGCCUGAUUCUUUGGCAGGGAGUGGAACCCACAGGUUCACUCGCCCUACGCAAACUGCAUGCUAGUAAAAAGGCAUCCGCUCUCCGAAAGCACUCAGUCAAACAAGAACUGGGAGAACAAGGAAAGGGCAAAGACUUCAUAAGUCUGGGUUUACAGAAUGGACACCUUGUCUUCAGUUACCAGCUAGGCAGUGGAGAAGCUCAGAUCCUCUCCAGAGAACCAGUUAAUGAUGGCAGCUGGCACAAGAUCACUGCAGUCAGAACGGGCAAGCAAGGCUAUGUCCAGGUAGACGGGGGUUCAGUGCGUCGCGGACAGUCACCGGGCAAAAGCAUCAUGGUCAACACCAAAGGAAACAUAUUUUUGGGUGGAGCUCCUGACAUGACGGCGCUAACAGGGGGAAAAUUCACCUCAGGCAUCACGGGCUGCGUGAAGAACCUGUCACUCAUGAAUGCUCGGCCAGGAGAUCAGCCACCACGACCUAUUGACCUGCAGGUCCACGCAGAGCAUGGCAUCAAUGUCGAGCGCUGCUCAUCGUAGACGGCAACCAAAAAAAAACCCCAAAAAACUUAACGAAAACUCAAAAGACUUUGGAGAACAAUCCCGCACACAGAGAGGCAGUGAGAGA